AUGACUUCCUCCCACUCAUCGGCUUCAUGCCGUCAGAUCGAUAACACAAUGCGCGUCUGGGCUGGAUCAUGUCGUGGUGGAUUUGAUUUUACACUACUGUUCGAGGAGACAAUUCUUCAGAUACUCCCUAUUGCCCUAAUUUUAAUCCUGGUUCCGUUCCGGAUCUACCAACUGUCGCAGCAACGGUGCAAAGUUGUUGAUUCAUGGUUGCUUUUGGUUAAGUUGGCUGCUUGGCUAUUCUUCCUGGCGCUUCAAAUUACCCAAACUGUACUCUGGGCUUUGCCUUCUUCUGAUAGCACAGUCGCUUCGCUACCGACCAACAUUCUUUUGACCAUUGGCGCCCUACUACUUAUGGUACUGGCCUAUGCGGAACACACGCGAUCCGUUCGACCUUCGUUUGUCUUAAACGCAUACCUGUUCUGCAGCCUAAUAUUCGAUAUUGCACGGGCUAGGACUUUAUGGCUUCGUUCUGCAGAUUCCUUCAAUGAUAUCAUCGCAACGGUUACCUCUGUUGCCGUGGGUGCCAAGUUACUUGUUGCUACUUUGGAAGCGAUUGAAAAGAGAAGCAUCCUCAAAUCGGAAUACCAAGGGUACCCUCCAGAGGCAACUGCUGGAUUCUACAACCGAGCUGUGUUCUAUUGGUUGACACCUUUGUUCAAGGUUGGCUUCAGUAAUUAUCUUUCUGUCGAGGACCUCUCUCCUCUGGACAAGGAACUGCGAUCGGAAAGACUGUUGGCAAUUUUCGAGGAGCAGUGGAGCAAAGUGAAAGCCAAGUCUGCGAAUACUCUCCAAUGGGAGUGCUUCAAGGCUGCUAAGUGGCCUCUUCUUGCAGCUGUUCCGGCGCGGGCGUGUGUGGUGGCUUUUAACUUCUGCCAGCCCUUGCUCCUGACCAGGUCAUUGUCAUACUUCAAUGAGCCGGCAAAUAGUGCGACGAACAAUGUAGGCUACGGCCUUAUUGGAGCCUAUGCUCUGGUGUACCUUGGCUUAGGCGUUGCUAUGGGUCAGUAUCAGCACAACACGUACCGUGGUAUUACAAUGGCACGUGGAAUCUUGGUCACUAUGCUAUACAAGAAAGCCAGCACUACCACACUCAGCAAUGCUGACCCCGCCAAUUCACUUACCUUGAUGAGCGCAGAUAUUGAGAGAAUUACCAAUGGAUGGCAGACAAUGCAUGAGAUCUGGGCAAACUCCGUGGAGAUUGCCCUUGCGAUCUAUCUUCUAGACCGACAACUUGGAAUUUCUUGCGUGGUUCCAGUCGCUGUGGCACUUCUCUCACUGGUCGGAUCUCUCAUCGGUAUGUCAUUCGUCGUCGCCCAUCAAGCCAAGUGGUUGGAGGCAAUUGAGCGGAGGAUAUCCUCCACCUCCGGCAUGCUAGGAUCCAUCAAAGGUGUCAAGAUGUUGGGACUGCAGAACUCCUUCAUGAAGUUUGUCCAUGGCUUGCGUAUCGAUGAACUAGCCAUUUCGAAGAAAUUCCGUACACUCUUAGUGUGGAACAUGGGAUUCGGAUGGUUGACUCGCAUAUUUGCUCCUAUUUUCACCUUCGGAGUGUACGAGGGCAUUUCCAGCAACUCCCUUACCGUUUCUCGUGUCUACACUUCUCUUGCCCUCUUCUCGCUUCUUUCUGACCCGCUUUUGACCCUGGUCAUGGCUCUUAUGUCCUAUGCGGGAUCAGUCGGAUCGUUCGUCCGCAUUCAAGAGUUCCUUGAGAAGGAAGAUCACAACGACCACCGACGUCCAUCCCCUCUAUUGCCUUCCUUCGAAGACCUUGGUGAGGCCAAGCUCCUCUCAAGGUCGGGCGAUCUGGACAUGUCAUCCAGCAAUUCUGAGUCUGUCGAAUCUUUUAAGCGUGGGUCAACCUCGUCGACUACUAAUUCUGCCAUGAUCACAAAUGGCACCUUCAGCUGGGGUGCUGAUCAGGAGCCUGUCCUGAGAGACAUAAGUUUCACUGUCCCUCGUGGCAGCUUCACCAUGAUCAUUGGACCGUCUGGGUGUGGCAAGUCAUCUCUGCUUAAGGCUCUUUUGGGUGAAAUCCCUUGUGCUGAGGGCAAGAUCGAGGUAUCUUCCAGCAGUGUGGCUUUCUGUGAUCAGACACCUUGGCAUAUGAAUGGAACCAUCAAGGACAGCAUUGUCGCCAUGUCAGAUUACGAUCCCCAGUGGUAUGCAACUGUCCUCCAGGCUUGUGCGUUGGAGGAGGAUCUUUCACAUUUCCCUCGUGGUGACCGCAGUGUUAUUGGGAGCAAAGGUGUUGCCCUCAGUGGAGGCCAGAGCCAGCGUAUUGCUCUCGCUCGAGCUGUUUAUGCCCGGCGAAAGGUUAUUAUUCUGGAUGAUGCCUUGAGUGGUCUCGACGCCACAACUGAGAACCACAUUUUCCACAACCUGUUUGGACACUUAGGACUUCUGAGAGAGAACGGUACUUCCAUGAUCGUUGCCUCAUCUUCUGUGAAACGUCUUCCCUACACUGAUCACAUUGUUGUUUUGGACACGGAAGGUCGCAUCAUGGAGCAAGGCGGUUUCAGCGCUCUGAACAAGACUGGCGGAUACGUAUCAAGCUUUGGACUACUCGCACCUGACUGGGACUACAAGCCCAAGCGAUUCUCCGAGUCGCCCAGCUACAGUACCAUUGAUUCCGUUGAGAAGGAGAAGGAGGACAUGCACCAGGAGCCUGAGAAGCGUGAAACUGGUGGUGACCUUGGAAUCUAUACCUACUACAUCGAUGCCAUUGGAUGGCUCCCCGCAAUCAUUUUUGUUGUUGCCAUGGCUGGCUUUGUCUUUUGCAUUUCGUUUCCCACUAUGUGGGUGCAAUGGUGGGCUGAGUCCGAUACAGCUCACCCUAGAGCACAGCUCGCCUACUACCUUGGUAUUUACGUGAUGCUCGGAUGUUUGGCUAUGAUCUGCCUCCUCGUUGGUUCUUGGCAAAUGAUCAUCACCAUGGUUCCCAAGUCUGGAGAGUCCUUCCACCGCAGACUCUUGACUACUGUGCUCAGUGCGCCCAUGUUGUUCUUCUCUACCACAGACAGCGGCUCGAUUCUCAACCGAUUCAGCCAGGACUUGCAACUCAUUGAUAUGGAUCUUCCCAUUGCGGCGAUUAACACCAUUGCCACCUUGUUCCUUUGCAUGGCCCAGAUGGGUCUCAUCGGGGCUGGGUCGAAGUAUGCGGCUAUCUCCUUCCCCUUUGUGCUUGGAAUACUGUUUCUCAUCCAGAAGCUCUACCUGCGCACUUCCCGUCAACUUCGUUACUUGGACCUCGAGAGCAAGGCUCCUCUGUUCUCCCACUUUACCGAUUGUCUCCAGGGACUCGUGACUCUGAGAGCUUUUGGCUGGCAACAUGGCAUGGAGAAGAAGAAUCUUGAACUUCUUGAUAUUUCUCAACGCCCAUUCUACUAUAUGUUUGCUAUCCAACGUUGGUUGACUCUCUCACUUGACUUUGUCGUUGCUGGAAUUGCCAUUCUGUUAAUUGUUCUGGUUGUUAUCCUUCGCGGCACAUCUCUCAACGCGGGCUCCGUUGGUGUUGCACUCCUCAACGUUAUCCAGUUCAGCCAGACAAUCAAACUUGCUGUCACCUUCUGGACAAACCUAGAAACCCACAUCGGGUCAAUCCAGCGAAUCAAGGACUUCACCAAGUCUGUCGAAUCGGAGGAUCGCCCAGGUGAAGAUGGCCAGAUGCCUCCCAACUGGCCUUCAAAGGGCGCAGUCAGUUUCCACUCAGUCUCUGCAGCCUACAGACCCUCUGAGCCCGUUCUCAAUGACGUGUCUCUUACUGUCCAAGCCGGUGAAAAAGUCGGGAUCUGUGGACGAACAGGAAGUGGCAAAACAUCAAUGAUCAUGAGCAUCUUCCGCAUGAUCGAGCUGACCGGUGGUCUUAUCACUGUGGACGGGGAGGACAUUUCUCGCCUUCCGAGACGGGAGAUUCGCGCCCGGAUCAAUGGAGUCUCGCAAGACUCUCUCUUGUUCAAGGGUAGUGUCCGACUUAACGUCGAUCCGACAGGCUCAUGCACCGACAAAGACAUUACGUGUGCUCUCAAGACUGUACAGCUCCUCCCUGCCAUCCAAGAAAAGGGGGACCUAGACACCGACAUUGACGAGAUCCACCUGUCCCACGGUCAGAAACAGCUAUUCUGCCUUGCUCGAGCCAUCCUUCGGCAGGGCAACAUCCUAAUCCUCGAUGAGGCAACCAGCAACAUCGACACCAAAACAGAUGAGAUCAUGCAACGCGUCAUCCGCGAGAAAUUCUGUAAUCACACCAUCAUCUCCGUGGCGCACAAACUCGACACGAUUCUCGAUUUUGACCGCAUCGUGGUGCUGGACGCCGGCCGGAUCGUAGAGGUCGGAGAGCCAUUCGCGUUGCUUUCUGAGCCCAAGUCUCACUUCAGCAAACUUUACGCCAGUUCGAUGGCGUCAGAAGAGUCUGAAUAA